GCGGCAGUGUGUGUGUGUGUUGCGUGUCGCAGUUAGCUUCAAAGCUGGUCUUUGUGUGUGAGACAGAGACAGCGGCAGUGUCGGUGUGUUUCGUCUGUGGCUCGUCAGCAGCGGUAACAGUUACAGUAACGGUUACAGUAACGGUUACAGUAACAGCAGCGGUUACACUAACAACAGUCACCGUUACACAGAGAGAGGGAAGUGCAGUCAUGGCGCAGGGCCUCAAAGAGAGGUUUGAAAAGUUCCUCCAUGAGAAGAAUCUGAUGACUGAUGUUCUGGAGAAGAUCGAGGCCAGAACAGGAGUGAGCAGAACCUACAUCGCUUUGGCUGUCAUCGCUGUCAUCGCUGUGUACCUGGUCAUCGGUUACGGAGCCUCACUCCUCUGUAACCUCAUCGGUUUCCUGUACCCGGCAUAUAUCUCGAUUAAGGCGAUUGAAAGUGCCACCAAAGAGGAUGAUACAAAAUGGCUGACCUACUGGGUGGUGUACGGACUCUUCAGUGUGGCCGAGUUCUUCGCCGACAUCUUCCUCUCCUGGUUCCCGUUUUACUAUAUUGGAAAGUGCGCUUUCUUGGUGUGGUGCAUGGCGCCGACUCCCACCAACGGAUCCAUCCAGAUUUACACUCGCAUCAUUCGACCCAUCUUCCUCAAGAAUGAAGCCAAGAUAGACGACGCGGUGAAGAACCUCAAAGACAAGGCGACAGAGGCUGCCGACAAGUUCAAGGAUGAGGCCAAGAAAGCCACAGCAAACAUCAUGUUUGAGGAGAAGAAGAGUUCUUAAGACGCCGCCGCAGCUCAUGCCGUUCCAGAGGGAUUGUUGCCUUCGACGUGUUUGUUGUGAGGAGAUUGCUGAUCCUGUUACCGUUUAAGAGAAAUCAUGUGUCGUGUGUUACAUAAAGCCAUUUCCCCCCAGCAGGUCAGUUUUGUCAUGUAACUGUGCCUUGUGGAGGACUGACAGAGAAAUAUUAUGCUGGCCCUUAUUCGCCCUGUCAACUAAAUAAAGACAAACUUAAUCCA